CUUCUCCGUUUCGGCAUGCGACACUUUCCUGUGCAUUCUAGCCCAUGUCGUAUCGUUACCUCUCACGAUACUCAAGAAAGCUUACACGAGAAGGGGAAUCAAAUUAGGCCCAAUACACGUCAAUGUUUCAAACGAAGAGAUCGUAAAACAGUCAAAGUGAAAUACGCAAGUCUGUUCUAUUAUAGCACCACAAUGGGCUUCUCAUCCAUAAUGAGACAGCAAUUUGUGGGAGUGGUUGUGGGAACAGCCAUGCAACUGACAGCGAAAGUGCGAGUUGCUAGCCAGAGAGUACAUCCUAUUGUACAUAAAUUAGUAACAAAACACAAGAAUAUCCUCGCGCAUGAUGCUAAACGAGUAUGUUCUGUGGGUGAUGUCGUAAGAAUCGAGGCUUGUAGACCAAUAAGUAAGAGGAAAUCGUUUACAGUUUUAGAGGUUAUAAGACGUGCUAAAACUUGGACUGAUCCUGACAACCAAGAAGUCAAGCGAUAA